CUGACCACAAAACGGAAGUUUAUGCGUCUUAGUGCUUGGAAAAAAGUUUUCAUGCUUGUUUUCAUGCCAGUUUAGGUAAAAAAAAACUGGAGUUGAAGUUGUGGUUCGGCUCGUACAAGACUGUGCUAUAGCCGUUUGAAGACAUUAAAGAGCCUAUAACCUAAAAGAUGAGAGAACCCGGUCCAGUUCAGAUCGUCAGAGUGUGUAAGGAGACCCACUCCUUUGAGUUGGAUACAGAGGCUUUGGCUGAGAUUCUGUUGGCUCCGGAGGUCCGUGACAAACAUGUGGUGGUGCUGUCAGUGGCAGGGGGCUUCAGAAAGGGGAAGAGGUUUCUGCUGGACUUCAUGCUCCGCUUCAUGUACAGAAAGGGGGAUGACAGCUGGUUGGGUGGUGAUGAUGAGCCACUGACUGGAUUUUCAUGGCGGGGUGGUUCAGAACCAGAAACAACAGGCAUCCAGGUGUGGAGUGAGCUCUUUAUUGUUCCAAAGAGUGAUGGAACUGAGGUAGCUGUGAUGUUGAUGGACACUCAGGGAGCAUUUGACAAUGAGUCCACAGUGAAGGACUGUGCUACCAUCUUUGCUCUCAGCACAAUGACCAGCUCAAUUCAGAUCUACAAUCUGUCACAGAACAUUCAGGAGGACGAUUUGCAGCAGCUGCAGUUGUUCACAGAGUAUGGUCGUCUUGCCAUGGAUGAAAUCUUCCAGAAGCCAUUUCAGUCUUUGAUGUUUCUCAUCAGGGAUUGGAGCUUUCCCUAUGAAUACACCUACGGGUUUAAAGGAGGAAAUGAGUUCUUGGACAAACGGUUACAGGUUAAGGAAGCCCAACACGAGGAGCUGCAAACAGUCAGGGAGCAUAUUCAUUCAUGUUUCACCAGCAUCUCCUGCUUCCUGUUACCUCACCCUGGGUUAAAGGUUGCUACCAGCCCACAGUUUGAGGGACAGCUUUGUGAUGUGGCACCAGAAUUCAAAGAGCAGCUGAAGAGUCUGAUUCCCAAACUGCUUCGUGCGGAACGUCUGGCUGAGAAAGAAAUAAACGGAAACAAAGUCACCUGUAUGGGCCUUCUGGAGUUCUUCAAGGCCUACAUCAAGAUUUAUCAGGGAGAAGACCUUCCACAGCCAAAGACCAUGCUCAUGGCUACAGCAGAGGCCAACAACCUAGCAGCUGUAGCAGGAGCCAAAGACCAGUAUUACAAGAGCAUGGAGAAAGUGUGUGGAGGAGACCUACCAUACAUGGCUCCUGACGCACUGGAGGAAAAGCACAGUUUCAACUUCCAUGAGGCUCUUCAUGCAUUCAAGUCCACUAAGAAGAUGGGGGGACAGGAGUUCUGUGAUCGUUACCAGGAGCAGUUGCAGGAGGAGCUGGAGGAAAUGUGGCAGUCGUUCAGCAAACACAAUGAGUCCAAAAAUCUCUUCAGUGCUUUCCGGACACCAGCAGUUCUCUUUGUCCUGCUGUGUAUCCUCUACAUCCUGUCAGGAAUAUUAUUCUUUGUUGGCCUGUCUACCUUCGCUCUGGUGUGUGACUGUGCGUUGGGUGUGGUCAUGAUAGCCAUGCUGACCUGGGCCUUCAUCCGGUACUCUGGCCGGUACCAGACUGUAGGGGGCGCCAUUGACCAAGCUGCAGGUGUAGUCCUGGAGCAGGCCACUGUGGCGUUGAACAAGUCAAGAGGAGGAAGCACCACUGACCAGAAGAAAAGCAGUUAGAGGGAUUCUGAACCUUCACCACGUGGAUGCAAUGCAACUAGCACACAACACACACCCACACACAUUUAGCAGUAAGGCCUUAUCGAACCAAACAUGCAGCUAAACAACAACGGUCACAUGAUGCCUCUUUACCAGCGUCUCUGUAAUUGUAAUAUGACAUGAUUAUUCCUCGCCAAGUCCAGACUCAGGACUGGACUGGACUGAGGUGAGGAUUCAAAGUGUUAUCUGCACUUCACAUAUCAAAUUGACACUGCCUUCAUUUUCACAGUUUUACACAAUAUUCUCUAAAAAGAGUUCUUGUUUACUUUGAAAAUGUAACAAAAUAAUCUCAGCUCAGGCUGCUCAGGCACGACUAGUUGGGGGCUUUUUAAAUAUGUAGCUUCUGCAGUAUAUCU